CAACAAUCCAUAAACAAGGGGCAACGAAGUACAGCAACAAGCAAUGAAAGGUUACUCCAUAGUGACUGGGUGAAGCGCCAACAUGCAGAGUUUGGUAGUGCAGGCACUUGCUAUGAGGCAGCUCGGCAGAUUGAACCCCCGCCACCUCCUGGCUGCAGGGUACGGACAGAGACAGACCGAAUGGUGCCCUAGGGCCAUCCACACACGGCAGCUGUGGGGCUGCUCCGCUUAUGCCGCACUUGGCUGUCACAGACCUUCUUUCUGUGGCAGAGACGCCGUUAGGGGUUGGUCCGUCCAUCAUCUGAGGUUGAAAAGCAACAAGAAGAAGGGUGCUGCUAGGACUGAACAGGAGGAAGAGGAGGAAGAUGAAGAAGACCCUGAGGACAGUGAUUAUGAGGAUGUUGAUGAGAACCCAAAUAUACCAAAAGACUAUAAAGACAUGGAGAUGUAUGUGCAGACGUUUCGCUAUGAUGCCAUCAUGAAGGCUGGCAUCGGCAUGGCACGCAAUAAAAUUGAAGACGCCUUCUAUGACAACAAGCUGUGGUUAAAUGGACAGAAACUUAUCAAGAAAAGUAAAACGGUUAAAGUGGGGGACAAAUUGGACCUGUUGCUGUCACAGGACAGAGAAAAGAACACUGUUACUUUAAUGAGGGUAAUCGUACGCAAAGUUUUCAGUGAAACCAGUCAAAAAGACAGGCAUAAAGUUGCUCUAAGGCGCUGGAAAUGUUUAGAGCUUCCUAAAGAUGAAGCCUUUAAGCCAUAAAUGUGACUAGGACUGUAUUGACUAUGGUACCAUUUACAAGGGACAACAUGUGCAGAAAUAUCAUGGAUUUAGAACUUUUUUAACAACACAGUGUUAAAUGGAUUACAAUGGUAUUAUGUAACAGUGACAGUGCCCAUAGGUUACAGGAUCCAAGAACUGAAUUUUGCCAUUAUUUGUUAUAAAGUGAAUCAAAGGUUAGAGACAUUUUGGCAUUGCUGAAAUAGAUUUCUUAGUGGGUGUUUGAGAUCAGCUGUAAUGAUCUUCAAGACAAAUAUGCCCAGUUGAAAAGUGCUAAUUUUGACCACUGAUGGACUCAUUUUGCUUGCUGUUUAUACUCCUGCAUGAAA